UUCCCUCCAUGAGACAGACACUCAGAGGACCGUCCAAACGCAUAAGAUGAUUAGGAAGAUAACCUUGGGCCUGGGAAGACACGUGUCCUCCAUGGCACGUGGGACCACCCAGGUGAGAAGACUUCUGCAUGGUGGUUAUGUCAGGAUUCAUCCCUCUGUACAGGAAGCUCUGGUGGAGGGGAGACCCGUUGUAGCUUUGGAAAGCACCAUCAUUACCCAUGGCAUGGCGUAUCCUCUGAAUUUGAGCAUGGCCAGAGAGGUGGAAGAAAUUGUAAGAAGAAAUGGAGCAGUGCCAGCCACUGUAGGUAUUUUAAGGGGCCAGAUCCACGUGGGCCUCACAGACGAGGAGCUCGAGUUCUUGGCAACCAGUAAAAAUGCAGUUAAAGUGUCUCGUAGAGAUUUUCCUUUCGUCCUCAGCCAGGGCUUGUCUGGUGGCACUACCGUGUCUGGAACAAUGAUCGCGGCACACAAAGCAGGAAUUCCUGUGUUUGUGACAGGUGGCAUAGGAGGUGUCCAUCGGGACGGGGAGAACACCCUGGAUGUGAGCGCUGACUUGACAGAGCUAGGACGAACUCCGGUUGCUGUUGUAUCUGCAGGAGCCAAGUCUAUCCUUGAUAUUGGCAGGACACUGGAAUAUCUGGAGACUCAGGGGGUGUGUGUGGCUGCCUUUGGAGAAUCAAGAGAGUUCCCAGCCUUCUUCUCACGCCAGAGUGGCUUCCAAGCACCGUAUCAUGUCCGGGAUGAAGUGGAGGCAGCUAAACUCAUUGACAGUGCUCUGGGGCUGGGCCUGAGCAGCGGGGUGCUGAUAGCAGUGCCCUGCCCCCAGGAGCGAGCUGCCCAGGGCCAGGCCAUCGAAGAGGCCAUCCAGAAAGCUCUCAGCCAAGCCAGGUCCAGAGGAAUCACAGGCAAAGAAGUGACCCCCUUUUUGUUAGAGAAACUCGCAGAAUUGACUGAUGGGAAAUCACUGGACUCCAACCUUGCGCUGAUCCAGAACAAUGCCAGAGUGGGCAGCUGCAUUGCAGUGGCCCUGAGCAAACUACAGAGAGCCAGAAGGAAGAGGAACCGGCCUGGGCGAGAGGAGGUGACCGCACCCCAACCAGUGGUGAUUGGCGGUAUCAACGUUGACUUUAUAGCCAAGGCACAGAACCCUGACAUCCUGGGCGGUGGGCAAACAAACGCUGGAAGAGUGAGACGAACCUUUGGCGGUGUUGGAAGGAACUUGGCAGACUGCUUAAGCCGUCUUGGACAAGCUCCUCUCCUCUUAUCAGCCGUGGGGAAGGAUGAGCAUUUGGGGUCUGUCCUGCACUACUGCCACCACAUGGACAUGAGCGGCGUCCUUCAGCUGGAGGGGAAGAGCACAGCCACUUACUGCGCCGUGAUCACCAGUGCUGGGGAGCUCAGCCUUGGCUUGGGAGACAUGGACAUCCACCAGCAGAUAACAGAGCAAUAUGUGUCCCAGUUCAAGGAGAACCUGUGUCAGGCCCCGCUUGUUUGCAUUGAUGGCAAUGUGCCUCUCUCCACUAUUCAGUACGUCUGCCAACUAGCUAGAGAGCACCAGCUAGCAGUGUGCUAUGAGCCAACAGAUGAGAACAAAGCCUCUAAGCCGUUCCUCUCAGACAGCUGGAAAGCACUCACGUACAUUUCCCCCAACCUGCAAGAGCUGAGAGCAAUCAAUCGGACCCUGGGGAACCCUCUGCCAGCAGAGCUGCCAUCCAGGUUGGAGGAUGUUGUCCAGGCUGCAGUGGCCCUGGCCUGCCCUUUGCUGGCCCACCUGCACUGUGUGGUGGUGACCCUCGGCGCUCACGGCGUCCUCCUGUGCGGCAAGAGCCUGGGAGGGAGCAUCUCCCUUUAUCCAGGAGCUCAUGAACAGCCCGCCGCUGCCAGGCUCUGUGCUGCCCACUACCCCGCCGUGCCCAUCAGCAGGGAGGAGAUGGUCAGCGUCUCAGGAGCUGGUGACAGUUUAAUGGCAGGAAUCCUUGCAGGGAUGCUUGCUAACCAUGACACAGGCACGUGUGUCCGGAUGGGUCUGCUGGCUGCCAGCUUGUCUCUCCGUUCCUACGAGCCCAUCUCCCCAGAAAUCAGCACUUCCAGUGUCAGCCAGGAGCAAGUCAAGAGCAGGAGCUGGCCAGAGGUGAAGGUAUGGAAGAUGGACUAGAACACUGUGGCUUUCUCAUCUAUCACCUCAUUGCACUCGCAGCAUUCCUGUUUUGAGGAACUGGACUGUGUUUUGAGCUUUGAGAACAACCAUCUGUUUUGCUCCUGAGUAAGACCUCAGGAAAGGAGGCCUCAACCCAGGGAACUUCUGUGGAAUGAAAAGCUGGUUUCUGGUCUUUCAGACCUCCUGGUUUUCUGACCUCCAGGCCAUCUAGAUUUUCUAUUGAGGGAAUUUUCUCUUCCUCCACCUUGUGUCACUGUUGUCCAUUAUCAUGGUAGCUCCUCUGUCAUUGAUUCCUGGAUCUUCAGGACCACGUCUCUUUAGCUGGGCCCAGCAGCAACAUCUGCUCUUGCUGCUUACUCUUCCCUAUCCAAGAGGUCCCAUGGAUCGCAACCUGUGGCACGGUGCAGCUGUCAGGAGCACGACACUGUAGGAUAACCUCAUCCACCUUCCCAAGCCAGCCAGCACACACCACACCGUCUUGCUCUGAAGCCCAAUGCCCCUGGAGAAAGUAGGGAAGACAAAGUAAAGAAGAGUGACCAGGGACCAGCUGGUGGCCUUUAAAAGAUGAUCGUUCCUUGUUCCACAUGGCUUCCUCUGAACUUGGGGCUUCCUUCCUUCUUUAGUCCAGAGUAUCAAGACUGAAGCGAAAGAGAUCAGAGGGAGCUAAGGCAUCUCCGAUGGAAACAAAGAGGAAAAGUCCUUCUCUCUCUCUAAGCAUGAGAUGUGCACAGGAUGCAACUGCAGGUGCCAACAGAUCAGUGAACACUGAAACUCAUUAAAACUGAUUUCUAGUAGAGUUUGGUCUUGGUGCUGGCUGGUUCUUGAACCUGACUGAUAGCAAACCUGGAGUACAGACUCACUCUCCAUUUCAGCCAGAGACCACUGUCAGUGAGGUCCCUUGGCUGAGGAGCAGAUCCCUGGUGUCUGACACAGCACUGAGCUCAGCCAAAGCUUGAUCAGGGCAGCUGUAACACCACUCUCCUGGGAGGGCUCUGCUGUUUAACCAGUGAGCUCCCACUGCAAUUGAUGGAGGCACUAACUGGGCGCCUUUCCUCUACCUGAGACUCUACUGCCACCAGGCUCGUAGCAGCCCCUUCCCUCUGAGCCCACCAGCUUUCCAUCACACACACAAACAUUCACCGU